GUGGUAAUAGGGAACACAUUUGCAGAACAGAUUUUAUACUGUUAGGUAGCAGCCGAUUUACAUUGUAGUAUUGAAUAUCGCAGAGCAGAGUCCUAUUGAUAUAACCGUUUCUAAAAUGACGGCUGUCGAUCGCAAUAUUUAUGGAAGCUACAACAAUUACUUGUCGGUAUAUUCUACAGGUGAUUUAGAACACGAUGAUUUUUUCCGUGAGAAUCUUAAAAGCGGAUAUAGCUUUAGGCCUAUCGGUACUCCGAGAUUGCAUGGAUCGAGUAUGCGGUUGGGGACAUCUUCAGGCUUUCACAGAGGUAGUACAACUGGGAGGCCUGGGACUGGAGCACUCAGCCGACCUAUGACAGCAGUUAGAGGUGCUGGAUUUACCAGUGCAGCUCGUCAAGCUUUCGAUCCUUUGAACAUGGGCAGUGCAAUGAGAAAUUUUCCCUCGGAAGCUGAAAAAGAAGAAACGCCAGAAGAGAAAAUAAAGCAGGCAGAGCGAAGAAUAAUGACUUUGAUAGAGGAGUCGGCGAAAGCAGCCUAUGAAAAAAAUGUAAAAGUGGCUUUAGAGAGAGCAAGAGAGGCUUCCUCGCGAGAGCGUGCCCUUAUUACAUUCCAAGAGCAGGCCGGCUUGAGCGACAGCCACAACAUCAAUUUAACUUUUGCCGUCAUUUUCAAUUUAGCUUGCCAAUACUCCAACAACGGCAUGUAUCCGGACGCCAUCAAGACGUAUCAAGCAAUCACGAAAAAUGGCAAUUUCAGUAACAGCGCUAGGCUCAAAAUGAACAUUGGCAAUAUUUACGUGAAAAUGGGCGAUUUGCCGCAAGCUAUUAAAAUGUAUCGAAUGGCUUUGGAUCAGACGACCACGGCGCAGAAGUAUUUGAGGAUAAAAAUAAUGCACAAUAUUGGAAUGCUUUUUGUGCAAAUGGGUCGGUUGGAAGAAGCAGCCAACAGCUUUGAAUGGGUGAUGAGAGAAAAACCGGAUCUCAAAGCCGGUAUGCAUGCGAUCCUGUGUCAUUUUGCACUUUCCCACACGGACAAAAUGAAAAAAGGCUUUCUUGAGCUGCUCGACGUUCCUCUGCACAUUGACCAUGACGAUAAAUACAGCAUUAGCACAGAUGACAUUGCGGCAAAUAUUUUAAAUGAAAUUGUGAAGAGCGAUGAUUUGUCAAAACUGGAGCGCGAACUGAAAGCACAUGCCGAAAAGACGAUUCUCAACGCUGCGAACCUGAUAGCGCCCGUUAUCGAAGAAACUCUUGCAGAAGGAUUUGCAUGGUGUGCAGAUGCCAUCAAAUCGUCGGCUUACAGCCCGCUAGCGACUAACUUGGAAAUUAACAAGGCAAUGGUUUUCCUUCAUAAUCGCCAAGUGCGCAUGGCCAUAGAUUCACUUAAAGUUUUUGAAAAUCAAGAUACCAAAAUUAACAGCUCUGCGUCCACAGUAUUGUCAUUCAUACAUUUUCUCCGUGGAGAGUAUGACUUGGCAGAAAAGUAUGCUGAAGCAGCAAAAUCUGCGGAUAAUUAUAACGCCGCUGCUUAUGUUAAUUUAUCGGCAUGCUCUAUAAUUAAACACGAAUUCGAUAAUGCCAAAAAUCUGUUAUCAAGUGCUUUAGAGCACGAUCCCAAUCACGUACAGGCGCUCUACAAUUUAGGUUUAGUAUACAAGAAACAAAGGUUACUCGAUGAAGCUUUAGAAUGCUUCUGGAAACUUAAAAAUAUUAUCCAAUAUGACCCCUUGACAUUAUAUCAAAUAGGACAUGUUUAUCAGUUGAGCGGUGACGUUGAACCAGCGUCAGAAUGGUAUAAUCAACUUCUCGGUAUAAUACCGUCUGAUCCAGGAUUAUUGCAAAAGUUAGGUGAAAUGUAUGAUAAUGUACAGGACAAACAGUUAGCAUAUCAGUAUUACAGUGAUUCUUACAGAUUCUAUCCAGCAAAUUUCAAAGUUAUAGAUUGGAUAGGCUCUUACUUUAUUUCGAUGCAAGUAGCUGAAAAAGCAAUAGUUUAUUUUCAAGAAGCUGUUGAAUUAGCUCCUGAUCAACCUAAGUGGCGAUUACUUGUAGCAGCAUGUUUAAGAAAAAUUGGUCAAUUUCAAGAAGCCUUUGCUGCAUACAAAACUAUUCAUCAGCGAUUUCCAGACAAUAUUGAAUGUUUAAAGUUUUUAGUAAGAAUAAGUAAUGACUUAGGUCUUAAUAAAGAUGCUCAGACAUAUGCUUCUGAGCUGAGAAAAGCAGAAAAAGCUAAAGAAAAUAAAGAAAGACAGGGCUCAGGAAGACCAGGAACAACAAGCUCAAGAAGAAGUAAUAGUGGCACAUCAUCUCGUGGUGGUUCAGAAAUGAGUUUAUUUUCAGAAAACAGAAAAAGUCCUGCUUUCCAUGGAGAUCAUGCACUCCAAAAUGGGGACGUUCGUUCUAAUCACAUCUUACGAACAGAUUCAUCUGAAUUUACUCUAGAUACAAGUACACAAGAUACCAAUUAUGUUGAUCUAGUUGGUAUGUUGCCAACUAGACCUAUGACAGCUGCAGGCAAAAGGGAUGAUGAUUUUGGAGAUGAAGAAUUAGGCGAAGACUUAUUGCCUGAAUAACGUCUGAAUAAAGGACAACGUGAACGAAUAGAUUUUAUUUGUUAAUAUAAAUAUUAAAUUAUUUUAUAAAAAACAUUUUUAUAAUUGUUCAUCACUUACUGUUAUCAAAAUAAAUUUGUAAG